AUGGCUGAACCUGCGAGAGACGAAAAUGCACCGAAGCCCGAUUUUCGACUAAUGGAUCUUGAUUAUUGGUGUCGGCGGCGAAUGAUCUCUCAUUGGGAUUUUAAGAAACAAAUCGCCUUCUCGCACUGCUCGAAAGAAAGUUUCAAACUCGUCAAAAGUCUCAACCAAAUACCUAGAAUCUCAAUCCAACUGGACAAUUUGAAUUGGAUUACUGUAAACAUUGGAGAUGAGAUCGUGGGUCGGGAAAGUGCACGAUAUAUCAUCAAAUUGGUGGAUAAUGACAUCGAUCCGCAGCGCAGUGGCUACGCAACGCCCAUCAAUUUCGGGCUGAGCGCUCGGGAGGCAUUCGUGCAUCUGUGUGAGAUUUACCAUAAUAAAGAGCUCACAAUCCGCCUCAACCCUGAAUCAAAAACCCCAUUGGAUGCGAUUCGAAGCGUUUUCGAUGGAUUCCCAAUUCACACUGUAACCUAUUGCGAUGGCUCAAAUAGAGAGGAGGAGAAUUCUUAUAUCAGGAAUAUGCUGGACUUUCUGCUCCCGUCUAAAACGCUUUUGAUGUCUAGAAAUCCUUACGAUUCGUAUCAAGAAUUUCGAGACAACGUUUUGCAGUCUGAGUAUGAAACUUUAAUCUUACAACGUCUUUCACAAAUUGAUCUACUGGAUCUCAAAGCAAUCAAUACGGAAAUCAGCCUUACGAUUCGUCCUACUCGACGAAACCUGCCUCUAAACACUCAGCAAUUCCGAGGAUUCAUCGAAAAAUGGAUCAAAUCAGAAGCCAAUCCCAAAUUCAAAACAAUCGUUAUCCAUUCCGGUUCGAGAGAUGUUGAAGAAAAUUUUCAGGAGAGAAUUCUCGACGGAUUACUGUAUCAACAAUUGCCAAAUGGUUGGACAUGCGAAAAUGUUCCACAUGGCACAUUUUGGGGAAAGAUUUUUCAAGUCAGUGGAAAUUUCGAGGUUCAACGAGAAGCCGAUGGACAGAAGGCGGUUAUUAGUUUCGCUUCUUUCGGUAAAGCGGUUUUGUGGAAGUUUUUCGUUGUUUAA